AUAGACACUGACAGAUGAAUGAAGCUAACAGUUAGCUUCUUGCUAGCUACAGUUACAUCAGUGUUUAUAAACUGGUCGUAAAGCACUGAAAGAACAAACCACUGGAUGAUAGAGACACUGAGCUGCUCAGGGCUUUCACCCACUGAGCUUCGCGUGCUCCACAGCUAAACUCAACACGGAAACGUAUUGGUAGAGAUGUAGCUGGCUAACAACAAACGGUAGCAUGCAUGGGAAGCAGUCGCCUGUGGUGGAUACAAGCCUGAAGCUGUCACCUGAAUCAACCGAUAACAAACCAAACCAAGAAGGCUGAGGCAACAGUGGCACCAUGUACUCGAGCCCUAAUCACCCCAUGAAGCCCAGUUGCAACAGCAGCAGCAUCACUGAGCUGCUGGGUACCCUGUGUGACAGCAGCCUGUCUGGAGUGUCAUGGAAGCGUCGAGCCCUGGGUGGAGUCUCAAAGGAAGGAUUCCGUAGAGCUCUCAAGAGGCGUGCUUACGGUGCCCUGCUCUCCAAACUGUUUCUGGAUGGCAGCAAAGUUUCAUCCUCAGGACCGAGUGCCACCGCUAAUACGCCGCCCAGAAACAAAGUCCUGAUGAUAUGCUUUGACUUGCGGGUGGCAGGGUGCAGAGAGGAAGCAGAGAGGUUGGAGGACCAGCUCGGGAGGCUGCCGGAGGAAGCGUCCUCUGGCCUGAAGGAAAUAGACGCAGUUCUUGAGCUCCUUGUGCACCUGGCUGGUUCUGCACCUCCACCCUCUACCUCUUUCAACAGGGACUACAUGAGACGGGAGCGGCCCGUGCUGCGGAGGCCUCAACCCUGGGGCUACCAGAGCGAAGAGCUUCAGCGGCUAGAGGCCAGGGCGUGGGGGCUAGUGUGCGGGGAGGAAUGGGGGACAUUGGAGAGUUUGUGUGAAACUCAGGGGUUGAUGGAUGCCCCUCCAGGUACAGGGCUGCUAGCUCUGAGGACCAAAUUGGAAGUGGAAGAAAAAUUUGAGAAGGACACCAGGAUGACACUGUUUGGAGCACUGCAGCACACUCGCACGUCAGACAUAGAUAUAAGACUGGACCUGCCUCCUGUUCCCAGUAAUAUUGAUGUAACUGGGCUGGCUAUCAGGGUCCCCACCUGUUUAGAUCAGUCUGAGGAUGAGGGCUUCCAGUCGUCGUCCAACCUGACCCCAGACUCUCAGUCAGAGCCCAGCCCCGUUCCAGACAUUGAUAUAUGGGAUGCUGUCCGCACCUUUGAGCCCGGAAGACGCCGCUGUUGGGAGUCUGUGGGACGCCCACCAGGGAAAAGUGAGUCUCUCUACAUAACAGAGGGAGGCAGGGAGGCCUUCGACCAGCUCUAUCGUCUUUGGGAGGGGGAGAUGAGGGUGGUGAGCACUGGUACCCUCUCCCCUGUCCUCCCGCUGGACUCUCAGACACAACUGGUAUCCAACCUCCUCAACGUCCUGAUCGGAGUGGCAUCCACAACCUUCCCUCUUAACCAGAGUAUUCAGUUUGACGUCAGGCCUGGAGUGUGCAUCUCGGGAACCUCUCCAGAGAGCGUGUCUCGUCUCUUGAGGGAGGUGGCCCAGUACGGCACGAACUACUUGAGGCUGAGUAACUUUUCUCUGAAGAGUGCCGACAAGAAGGGCCUAGUCUUCCAGGCUUUUACAGGAGGUCUCAGGAAGUAUCUGCAUUACUACAGAGCUUGUGUUCUCAGCACUUCACCCACACUCAGCCUGUUGACCAUCAGCUUCCUCUUUCGUAAAGUUGGCCGCCAACUCCGGUACCUGUCAGAGCUGUGCUGUGUUGACGGGCCUUUGGGUGUGGGCCAGGCUACCUUCCCUGCAGGUGUUAAACUGCUGUCCUACCUGUACAAUGAAGCACAGCAUAACUGCAGCAACGAGAACUAUCCGGUCCUGCUGUCGCUGCUGAAGAGCUGCUGUGAACCUUACACAAGGUUUGUGUAUGACUGGGUGUAUAGUGGCGUGUUCCGGGAUGUUCAUGGCGAAUUCAUGAUCCAGGUCAAUGAGGAGUACCUCAGCUCCAGAGACAAACACUUCUGGAUCCAAGGCUACACUCUGAUCUCUAAGGAUGUGGAGGAUUGUGUUCCCAUCUUCCUCAAACACAUCGCCAAUGAUGUGUACGUCUGCGGAAAAACCAUCAACCUCCUGAAGAUCUGCUGCCCACAGCACUACAUCUGCUGGUCGGAGCUGCCGGUGCCUCGCAUUGCUGUCACCUUCUCCCUUCAGGAGGUGGAGGAGAUCGAGAGGGACUGUGCUGUGUACCGCGGACGCAUGGAGAGGAUUGCCAAGCAUAGCGCCAUCAGCAGGGAGGAGCAGGCCCUGCGUACAGAGCAGGCACGCCAAGAGCUGAUCAAUCAGGUCAGAGCGUCAACAGCCAAAACUCUGGAAAGCAUCCGUGGACGUCAGGUGUCACAACGUCUGGCUCAAGAGGCCAAGAAGAGGGAGCGUUUUGAGGAGCAUAAGCAGCAUCUGGAGCAAGAGCAAGAGUGGCGGAGUGCAGCCAAGAAGAAGCAGGAGGAGGAUGAUUUCAGCUUUGCCAGAGAGCUGAGGGACAGAGAGAAGAGACUACAAGCCCUGGAGGAGCAACUGGAGCAGACAGCCAGGAAGGAGCUGAUUGCUCAGUACAGCAGUCUGUCAGAGGAAGCUGCCCGCAGAGAGAGACGAGCCUUAUGGAGGGUGCAGCGAAUGAGGCUUGGCGAAGCACGAGCUCAGUUCUUUAUUCGCGACAGAGAGCACACUGAGGCAUUAGUAGAGAAGUAUCCUAUAGGACAGGAGAGACCUCCUGUGGAACUUCUGCCUCCUGUUUUCUCAACAGAACAGACUGAACAACAACUGGAGCUGUCAGAGCAGCAGCGUGGUGAGACCCAAGAAUCUGACGCUGUACCAUCACCCCCAGCCGACCCAUCAUCAUCACCCAUCACCCGCCUCACAGCAGACCCUGCCCUCAUCUCUGAAGGGAUCGAUAUCAAGGAUUUCCUCCCCAAAUCACCUAAUCCUGACAGUCAGCAAGUGGACGUGGCCCUACAGGAGAUCGGCUCUGACCUAUCUGAAGUGUGCCCAACAGCACAACUAGUUGACUAUGACUUCAGUGCCCCCUUUAGUCCACUCGAGGGUAUCGCUGGCCAAGCCUCAGUUCAGCCCCGGCCUCGCUGGGGACCCGCAGUCCAGCCUGACUUGAUCCAAAACCACCCGUCUUUCUCUCACAUCCCCAUCGGUGAGAAUAUGUCCCAAGUCAUGGAGAAUGUCCCCAAAGCCAACCCCUUCGGUCAAGCUUCCAAAUCUAGCUUUCCUCUCGGCCAGUAUACCCCGUUGGAGCCUCAAAAUACAUCUAAAGCCAGUGUUUAUGAGUAUUCCUCUCAAGCCACAGCAGAGCAAAUAGAUGGGACUGGUACAGCCACAGAUGACAAGCAGGAUGAAGUUGCACCUAUGGCAGAACACAACAUUAAAAUGGAGAUUUUAGAAAUGAAAGUAGAUGAAAAAGAAGAUGAACGUAAAACUACUGAGCCUAUGAAAGAAGAUGGUGUGAUAGUUACUGCCCCCUUCACCACACCAGGGCAAGGCAAUGGUGACCACAAUGUUGUGACACCUGUUUCUGACUUGAGUGGGGGGAAAUCGCUUGAGAAAAACACUCAAGACCAAAUCUCAGAUGUUCAAAACAAUGCCGGUGAAAACAUUUCUUUGCCAAACAUUCACCCUCGUGUCUCCAGAGAGCUGGCUGCAGAUGUUGUCCCCCCCCAACCAUCAUCCAGCAGCCAUGGACACUCCUCCGACGCUAACAUAAAGGUCGGACAGUUUGUAUCCGAGGUCACUGCUCCUCUAUCGUUUCCCAACAUCCACGGCCAUGCCUUAGACUCCCACAUUCAGAUUCGAGGACAUGUUUCAGAUGUCGAUGCUCCUCUACCUUCCCCCAGCGUUCAUGGCCACUCUUCUGAUUCUCACUUUAAAGCUGGGGAAAAUGUCUCAGACUUUGUUGCUGUUUUUCCUACUCCCAACGUCCACGGUCAUGCCUCGGAUACCCACAUCAACGUUGGGGAGAUGGUUUCUAACGUAGUUGCCCCUCUGCCCACCCCCAAUGUUCUUGGUCACAGCUCAGAUGCUCAUAUCAAAGUUGGGGAGAAUGUUUCUGACUUGAGUGGGGGGAAAUCGCUUGAGAAAAACACUCAAGACCAAAUCUCAGAUGUUCAAAACAAUGCCGAUGAAAACAUUUCUUUGCCAAACAUUCACCCUCGUGUCUCCAGAGAGCUGGCUGCAGAUGUUGUCCCCCCCCAACCAUCAUCCAGCACCCAUGGACACUCCUCCGACGCUAACAUAAAGGUCGGACAGUUUGUAUCCGAGGUCACUGCUCCUCUAUCGUUUCCCAACAUUCACGGCCAUGCCUCAGACUCCCACAUUCAGAUUCGAGGACAUGUUUCAGAUGUCGAUGCUCCUCUACCUUCCCCCAGCGUUCAUGGUCACUCUUCUGAUUCUCACUUUAAAGCUGGGGAAAAUGUCUCAGACUUUGUCGCUGUUUUUCCUACUCCCAACGUCCACGGUCAUGCCUCGGAUGCCCACAUCAACGUUGGGGAGAUGGUUUCUAACGUAGUUGCCCCUCUGCCCACCCCCAAUGUUCAUGGUCACAGCUCAGAUGCUCAUAUCAAAGUUGGGGAGAAUGUUUCUGAAUUUGUUGCACUGUUCCCUACUGCCAAUAUCCACGGUCACUCUUCUGAUGCAAAUAUAAACGUGGGCGAGUUUGUAUCCAACGUAUCUGAAGUAAUUCCUCGUUUCAGUAAACACGGGCAUGUCUCGGACUGCACGCUCCAGCCAGGCUGUCAUGUGUCAGGCGACAAACCUGCCUUGACCCCUUUACCAGGCAGUUCUUAUGGUCACUCCUCAGACUCGACGUUAGGUGGUGGAUGUGUAGUUUCAGGAGAAGAACCAAAAUGUCCUCCACUGCCCGGCAGUGCCCACGGCCAUUCCUCAGACUCCAAUCUAGGUGCCGGAUGUGUUGUGUCCAAAGCUGGACCCCUUCCAUCGCCACUGCCUGGCAGCGCUUACGGCCACUCCUCCGAUUCGUCGCUGGGUAUAGGUUGUGCGGUGCUGGGGACUCAGCUGCAACCCUCUGCACUACCAGGCAGUGUUUAUGGCCACUCAUCAGAUUCUUCACUUGGUGUUGGAUGUGUGGUGAAGAGCAAUCAACCGAAACCAGAGGACAAUGAAGGUAAUAAAGGUCCUGAGUCGGAGAGUCAUGGUGAGCAGCUGGUGGAGGGCAUGGGGUCCUGGGCAGCAGGCUCUGGUUUGUCCCCAAGAGAACAGUCUGAGCGGGAAUACCUCUUAGCUCUGUCUGCUCAGUACCAGGUGGACCUCUAUGACGACUGCUACAACCUAAUGGCUUCCUCACCCGAGUGUCAGCUGCUGAAGCAGGUAACUCGGGGCCCCUGGGGCCUUCCUACGGAACCCACUCUCCGCAGAGCUACAGACACCACUGCAGUCCAACUCAGCGAGAUGGUGUCCCUGCCGGUUCUGAUAAAACACUCUGUCACCACCCCACUCACCACACAUGUGUCUUUGGUGAACAAGGCGGUGGUGGACUACUUCUUUGUGGAGUUGGGAGUUGAAAGACACUUUGAAGCACUGCGCCAUUUCCUGCUGAUGGAGGACGGCGAGUUUGCCCAGUCCCUCAGCGAUCUGCUCUUUGAAAAGCUGGGCAAUCACCAGACUCCCGGCGAGCUGCUGACCCCCUUGGUCCUGAACUCCAUCCUCAGUAAGGCCCUGCAGUACAGCUUGCACGGGGACACCCCCUUGGCCGCCAACUUCACCUUCGCCCUUCGCUUCUUCCCGGAGACCUUUCACCCGCACGCCCCUGACUCCCUCAACUGCCUGGAGCUGCGCUACAAGGUGGACUGGCCGUUGAACAUCAUCAUCACGGACAGCUGCAUGAACAAAUACAACCGCCUGUUCUCGUUCCUGCUGCAGCUCAAACACAUGGUGUGGAGCCUCCGUGAUGUCUGGUUCCACCUGAAGAGAACAGCGCUGGUGAAAGGUGCGGGUCGCUCGGUGCAGUUUCGUCAGCUGCAGCUCUACAGACAUGAGAUGCAGCAUUUCGUCAAGGUGAUACAGGGAUACAUCGCCAACCAGAUCCUGCAGGUGUCGUGGAGCGAGUUCACAGCCAAGCUGGCCACUGCCAGCGACCUGGAUGCCAUCCACCGCACACACGCAGACUACCUUAACAGAGCCAUCUUCAGGGGUUUGCUGACGGAGAAAGCGGCUCCGGUCAUGAACAUCAUCCACAGCAUCUUCAGCCUGAUCCUCAAGUUCCGGGCCCAGCUGAUCGCGCAGCCGUGGGACAGCCAGCACGGCGAGGCGGUGCACCCCAGCUUCAUCGCCAUGCAGCAGUCGUACAACACCUUCAAGUAUUACUCUCACUUCCUUUUCAAAGUGGUGACCAAGCUGGUUAACCGAGGCUACCAGCCUCAUCUCGAGGAUUUCCUCCUUCGCAUCAACUUCAACAACUAUUACAAAGACUCAUGAGCUGUGUGCUGGUUUGUAUUUAAGUUUUACAUGAGCUUAAAGUUUCACAGUUUGUUAGAUACCUAACCAAUGCAGCAGUGUACUGUGCAAAGUACUUGUUUAUAUUUUCAAUAUCUUAUCUCAGAUCAGAUCAGAUCAUUUGACGUAUAUUUUAAACAAAGUUAUUCUGGCGUUCACGUCAGUGCGCAGAAUACAUUAAAACCCCACCUGGACUUUACACUGAGAAAGGGUUUGACAUUGAAACCACAUUAGGCAAUCACCCCACAUCAACGUGCAGGAUGUGAACUACAUGCCUGCUGCUUGAUUAAUUAGUCUGCUUCUAAAAUGUGUAUGCUGCCAAAGUUUGUAAUUGUGAUGAAGCUAAUGCCUGUAAUGAAAUGUAAUGCCUCCCGUGCUCAGGUGAAACUCCAGCUGUGUAGGUUUUAAGUGCAAAGAACUUGAAUGGAAAUGAUAUGUAAAUACUUAAGGAAAACGCUUUGUUCAAUAAAUGCUCUAUUGUUUCCUCUUGA